AGUCCAGAGGAGAGUCUUGAGUGCGUGCUCGUUGGCACCGACGUGGCGUGCGUGUUGAGCGAGGACGAGGGAGACCGGCUCGACGGGGCGAAGGAGACGAGGGAUGACGAUUCCACGAGCAGCAUCCUCGCCGCGCUCGGCGGUGUGGCGCUCGUGUCGCCCUUCUUCCUGUGGGGCACGUCCAUGGUGGCCAUGAAGGAGGUGCUCCCGGCGACGAGUCCGCUCUUCGUCGCGUCCGUGAGGCUGGUGCCCGCCGGCGCGGUGCUCGUCGCAUGGGCGGCGUCCAAGGGCAGACCGAUGCCAUCGGGGGCUAUGGCGUGGCUCGCCAUCGCGAUUUUUGCCCUCGUCGACGGCACGGCGUUCCAGGGGUGUCUCGCCGAAGGUCUGCAGAGAACUUCCGCGGGCCUGGGCAGCGUCAUCAUCGACUCCCAGCCCCUGACGGUCGCAGUGCUCGCAGCGAUCAUCUACGGCGAGAGCCUGGCUCCCGCGGGAGUGUUUGGGCUAUUCCUCGGGGUCGUGGGUCUGCUGAUGCUGGAGCUGCCGAAGGAGGCUCUCGCUCAGAUCGGAGGAGGCGACCUCGGCGGGGCGCUCGCGGCGGUCACUGCGGGUGUCGACGACGGCGGGGGCAUCUGGGACAGCGGCGAGUGGUGGAUGCUCCUGGCGGCGCAGAGCAUGGCGGUGGGCACGGUGAUGGUCAGGUGGGUGUGCAAGUACGUGGAUCCCGUGAUGGCGACCGGAUGGCACAUGGCUCUGGGCGGCGUUCCCCUCCUGGCGUACUCCAUCGCGACAGAACCGGGGGUGUACGAAAAUCUGGACAAGCUCACCGCCGGCGACGUGGGCGGCCUCAUGUACACCUCCCUCCUGGGUUCCGCGCUGGCGUACGGAGCGUUCUUCUACUUCGCGUCCAAGGGAAGCCUCACGAAGCUGAGCUCGCUCACGUUCCUCACCCCGAUGUUCGCGGCGCUGUUUGGUUAUCUGCUCCUCGGUGAGACGUUGGAUGAAGUUCAGCUCGCAGGAGCGGCUGUGACCAUCGUCGGCAUCUACCUGGUGA